UUGCGCCUACCAAAAGGGUCUGUACUAAUUUGCAUCACACUAUUGAUACUACUCUCUGGCUCUCUGCGUUGCACUAGGCUACAGUGCAGUGCACAGUAUCACCAAUUCACACGCCACCUUGCAUUGUUGCAGACACACCAAUCCUCUAUCCCUCUCUCGCUCUCUCUCUUUAGGGUUUCUGCUUAUAUCAAAACCCAUCAAUUUUCGGGUAUGAAGUAGAAUAAUGAAGAAAUGGCCGCAGUAUAACUUAUUUCAACGGUGAGGACUCUUCAAAAUGUUUACUUGACAAAGAUUUUGAUAGUGACAUUGGCAAGUUGAGGUGGGUUUGGGUGUGUGAGUACAAAUAUAUGAAAAUGGGGUUUGAAGAUGCUUGUGGUUGUGAUGUUGGUAUUAAAAAUGGAUGUAUUAGGAAGGGAGAUAUUGGGGAAUCCAGGGUUUGUUCUGACACUGACUCUUGAACAAUUGGUUCUGUGGUUGCUACAGGGUAUAUGGCUUAACAAGUAAGGAAUUCGGGGUUCCAAAUACUGGAACAACAGUAGGGAUAGAAAUUGAAAGAUAUAGUGAAGGAAGUGAUUAUUUUGAUAAUGUUGCAAAAAAUAUAAUGGUGUAUAAAUAUGAGUUUGGAGAUAUGGUCUGGGGGAAGAUUAAAUCUUACCCAUGGUGGCCAGGACAGGUAUUUAAUGAGAUGUUUGCUGUGUCUGAUAUGCAUGAAACAAAGAUAGAUGGCCAUAUUUUGGUUGCUUUUUUUGGGGAUGGUAGCUAUGCGUGGCUUGAUCCACAAGAUCUUGUCCCUUUUGAUACUCAUUAUGUUGAGAAAUCAAAGCAAACAAAUGCAAGGGGUUUUGUGAAGGCUGUUGAAGAGGCAGAGCAUGAAAUCAGUCGGAGAGCUGCAGUUGGUUUGUUGUGUCGAUGCAGGAAUCCUUCAAGCUUUAGGCAAUUGACUGCUAAAGGGUUCCUUACAGUUGAUGUUUGUGGGUAUAGGCCUGGUGGGUUGUAUACAAUUAAGCAAGUUAAGAGUGCCAGAGCUGAGUUUCAAUCAGUAGAGAUGCUGAAUUUUACAAAGCAAUUGGGAUUAAUGCCAUUUAAGAACUUCCAAAGAAAUGUUCACUGGAUUAAGAAUGUGGCUAAAGUUCUUGCUUUUCUGAGAGUGGUAUUUGAGGAUUAUGACGUUACAUAUAUUGAGGCAUUUGGAGCUCAACCAUCAUGCCCUUUCAACUCGAAGUUGGUUAAAGUACCAUCCAAAUUUGAGGGUUCUGAGGAGACAAAUAUUGGGGCUUUGAAAGUCCAUCAUGCUUCCCCCGUGGAUUCCAGAUUUCUUUUUUGGCAGGAUAAAGAAGCUUCCUUAAAGGAAUCAGUUGAUAUCAAUACAUCAGUUUGUAGAAGCAAAAUGCGUGUAGGGCAUGCAAUGGUCAAGGACCAGCAGAAGGGACAAAAGGAUCUGUAUAAGGAAAAAGGUAAGGUGGAUGUUUUAAGAGCCAGUUACAGCAGUCAGAGGCAACAAGGAUUUUUAAGUUCAUCAGUUAAGAAAUCAUCUAUUCGAGGUGGAAAUCUUGUCUUACAAAAGAUAGAUGCACUUCUUCCUGAGAAAACAGAGUUUCUGUGCCAAAGAGAAAGAAAUUUCAAUUUCGGCUGUGUGAAAAAGAGAUCAAUGCUUAAGGGAAGUGGCCUAGUUGAUGCUAGAACUGACUAUGACCUAAAUUGUGCCAAUCUAGUUAACAGAUCACAAAAUCUUGAACAGAAUCAGUCAAGAUUAUCAAAUUACCUUGGAACGCAACACGUGCAAGUAGAUGGCGGAACAGCAACUCAUUCAAAUUCCAGACUUUGGAGAGAAGUUCUUGUAACUGGUAGUGAUGCUGUAGAUAAAAGGCAAAAAGAACUUAGACGAACCCAUGAGUAUUUGACUACUGAAAAAGUAGUUGUGGCAAAUAAAAUUAGAAAGACAAAGCAAGAAUCCAAGUUAGAAUCAGAAAUGGAGCAUCUACAUGAACACCUUGAAAUCACACACAAUGAAGCAUUAUGUAGACCAGAAAUUUGUGCAAAUAUUAGGUGGGAAGUUUCUCAAUCUGAUGCAGAAAAGAUUUCUUUUGAGGAAUUGAAAAAUCUGAGUGAGCUGAUGUCACUGUCGACAAAGAAGAAGAUCAGGAAGGAGAAGUCUUUGAAAUCUCAAGGGACAAAUGCAAAAGAUAUAGAUGUGACAAUGGGAGAAAAGCCAACUAAAAGCUCACUUGAGAAGCCUGAAACUUUGAAAAGGGUAGCAAAACCUUCAGUGCUACUGAUUCAAUUUCCUCCCCAGUCAAUAUUACCUUCAGUUUCAGAGCUGAAAGCUAGAUUUGCACGUUUCGGACCUUUCGAGCACCCUCCUCGUGUGUUUUGGAAAUCCUCAACAUGCCGUGUUAUAUUCAAAUAUGAAUCUGAUGCUCAAGUAGCACGAAGAUAUGCAGUUCAAAAAGCAUCCCUUUUUGGAGACGUAAAAGUACUCUAUGAUGUGGAAGUCCUGCAAGUACCAGCCCCAGCGUUACCUAAAUCAAGCAAGCAGUCUUUAGAGGCAACUUCCAGCAAGAUUCCACAAUUGACAUCUAUAAGCACUAGCUACUCUACUGAAUCAAGGAGUACUGCUCCUGGGAAGCAGCAUCUUCCAGCAGUCCAUUCAAAAUCAUGUCUAAAGAACGCACAGGCAGAUGAAGAAUUUUUUACCAAGGGUGUUGGGGGCAAUCUGCAUGUAAAUUUUAUGUGUAGUGGGGAUGGGAAUCACGGGGAUGAGCAACCAGCAGUCAAUAGAGUUGUCCAAAGUGAUUAUCAUCCAAAUAUUACCUCUUCAUCUUCCCAAGGAACCCAUGAUGAUAAUGAAAAUAACUUGAAGAAGGUUGUACUUCCUUUACCUCCUUGGCUUCCACACUCUUAUUGGAUUUCAAAUCUUGAUCUGCAAAUUUGUUGAAGCUUGUAAUGAGAGGCAUCUUCAAGAUAAGGAAAAGAACAAUCAAAAGCAGCUUACCAAGCAGAACGUUGAUGUCUCUAGUGCCAUCUUAGACCUUCUCAUAAGGUGAGACAACGUUCUUGCUUCUUGCUGAUUUGAAGAGUUUGUCAGUGUAUGUGCCAUACCAUCUCUGAUGAACACUACUGCUAUGAUGGGACUGCGCCCACCCCCAUCCAACUCAUCCAACCACUAGUAUGAUAUUGUCCGCUUUGGGCCAAGCCUUCACGGAUUUGUUUUCGGGUACCUUUCAAAAAGCCUCAUACUAAUGGGUUGGGUUUGAACCAUUAUAUCUCUUCUCCUUUUUAUUCGAUGUGGGACUUGGGAGGAUAUCCCAACAUGCUAUAGUAUACAGAAAUGAUGAAUACGAUGCACACUUAGGAAAAGAAUGACCUUUUUUGUUUUGAAACUUCACUUUAGAGAGCUUCUUAAAUUGAGGAGAUGAACAUACCAUAGAAGGAUACAGAUAGUUGGUAUACAGAUGCAUCACUGUUUCUCAAAUUUAGUUGUGGACAGUUCUUCUCAUUUCUCCAUUAUACUGUGUCCACAUACCAUAUGAAAAUUUUAUGCAAAAUGCUUCACUAUGAAACUAUUUGACUUUGUCCUGGUUUUGCCUAUGUGGAGAUUUUCAUAUUAUCUUGUUCUGUGGAAUUUCAUAUGCAA